CGAUGCCAGAGCAACGUCUUGUUACCAACAACGGGCAGCCUAAUAAAGUCUCCGCUGCUUGUAUUGUACUCGAGGGUGACCUCCUUUUUGGUUGUCUCGCCGCUCGUCUUCCUGGAACAUAUACCGAUGUCGAAAGUUCGUUAGGCGUCCGCUAGGGGGACGCUUAGUCGACAGGAGGUCAUGGUGGUCGCUUUGGGCGGAGUGGCACCUGUGGUAAACUGUGAACUUGGAUAAAAUAACGCGAACGGCCGUAAACUGAACUAAGAUGCCAUGAGCUUUGGCUAACAUGUCUAAUAAAAGGUCAUCAGUCAUGCUGCUGGAUAUGUUUGGAAGUCGAGGUCGAAAGAAGCCGUCCAAGGCGGGCGGCGGCCAGCCCUAUCCAACACAACCGAGGCCCACGUCAGAAAAUUACUCUGCCGAGCCUGCGGUAGAGGUGUAUGUGAACAGCCUCAAUGAAGAGGAGGUGAACCGAGAGUUUGAACGAAUGCUGGAUGACAUGAAUCUGACCGAUGAGAAGCGGGAGCCACUGUUGAAUCGAACCCUUAUGGAGAAGCGGGAGAUGUUGUCAAUGCAUUUAAAGGGCACAGCGGCUGGUGGUAAGAGGAGUAGCAGAUAUGAGUCUGCUUUGGAUUACGUUAACUUCCUUAGCAGCGAAGGCACAUCGGCUGACAAGCUCUUCCGAGGUAUUGAAUCACUGCGCAUAGCCCUCACAAACAACCCCGUCAGUUGGCUAAAGGACUUCCUACAGGAAGGCAUGGACAAACUGCUGAAGAUUCUUCAAAAGUGUAAACUGUAUUCCAGAGACAAUCGGUAUGAACGAAUUGAGCAUGAAGUCAUUCGUUGUGUUCGUGCUCUGAUGAACAACACGCCCGGUCUGAAAUAUGUCUACGAGCACGAAACAGCCCUCACCAUUGUAUCGGCCAGCAUGGACGUGACUAAGCCUCACAUCAUGGUGGACGUAGUGAAACUCCUUGCUGCCGUCUCUAUAGUUCCACCUAACGGGCAUGAGAAAGUCCUGAAGGCUAUCACUGAAUGCGCCGAGAUGGAAGAGCGCGAAAGGUUUGCCCCCAUUGUGGCUGGUCUGGCGUGCAGGGACAACGAUUCUCUUAGAGUAGCAUGUAUCCAGCUUAUUAAUGCCCUAGUCUCUGGAACAGAAGACUUCGAUUUUAGGUUGCAUCUUCGAAACGAGUUUAUGCGCACUGGUAUGAUGGACAUCUACGAGAAUCUUAUGAACGAAAUCAUCGAAAGCCCCGAGCUUUCCCUCCAGCUGAAUAUCUUCAAGGAAACAAAGGAUUUUGAUUUUGAGGAGCUUUCGCAGAGAUGUGAAAGCAUCACUCAAGAGUGGAAUGAUGUCACCGAGUGCUUUCAGCUGUUGAAGAGUUCGGUGGCCGGCACACCGUGUGAAAUGUCCUUCCUGUCAAUACUGCAGCACUUGCUGUGCAUACGUGACGAUGUCAUUGUCAAACCUGCAUACUUCAAGCUCAUUGAAGGUUGUAUAUCUCAAAUUGUUCUGCACAAGAAUGGCUAUGACCCAGACUUCAGGCGGUUUGCACGAUUCCCGGUGGACAUUGACACUCUAAUGGAGCACAUCAUCCAAGGUUCGAGAAGUGAAGAACAAGAGAAUGUAGAGCAGUUGCAGAAGAAGCUAGAGGAAGCACUCACGCAAAAGCAGGAGUACGAGGCGAGGCUAGCCAACUACGAAGCUCGUCUUCGAGAUGGACAAGGCUUCCAGAGCCCCAACAGUGCCAAACUGAACGUGCCCCCUGGGCUGCUGCCUGGAGGUGGAGCACCCCCACCCCCGCCUCCUCCACCAUUGCCAGGAGGUGGGGGCAUUCCUCCACCACCCCCGCUUCCUCCCGGUUCCGGCAUCCCACCACCUCCCCCGUUGCCAGGCAUGGGUGGACCCCCGCCGCCCCCUCCCUUGCCGGGGAUGGGGCCUCCCCCGCCACCCCCACCUCCACCAAUGCCUGGGAUGGGGGGACCCCCACCUCCACCACCGCCGCCGGGCCUGAGCGCCAUGCUGGGCCAGAUGCCAAAUGGGGCCCUUCCCAUGUCGCCGAUCCAGCCUGAAUCCCUACCACACGGCAUGAAGCCCAAGAAGAAGUACACUGUUGGUACCACUCUCAAAAGGGCCAACUGGAAGAAGGUCAUGCCCCAGAAGAUCUCAGAAAAGGCCUUCUGGGUCAAGGUGCGAGAGGACGAACUCGAAAGUGAGGACAUCUUUGAAGGGUUGGUUUCCAAGUUCUCGUCAGAGCCACCCGUGAAAAAGGACAAGACGGAAGAGAAAGUGAAUGUGAAAAAGACAAAAGAACUCAAGGUUCUUGAUGGAAAGGCGGCUCAAAAUCUGAUGAUACUGCAAGGCUCACUAAAGAUGUCGGCAGCCACGAUACGAGACUACAUCCUGGAAGUGAACGAGGAACACCUAACAGAAGCUAUGCUGCAGCAGCUCAUCAAGAAUAUGCCAGAGGCUGACCAGCUGAAGAAGCUCUGUGAGCUCAAAGACAACCUCAGCGAUUUAGCUGAAGCGGAGCAGUUUGCUAUCACGAUUGGGAGCAUCAAGAGGAUUCACUCGAGGCUCCAGUCCAUCAGUUUCAAGCUUCGAUUCGCAGAAAUGGUGCAGGACUUAAAACCCAGUAUCGUGGCAGCCACUGAAGCGUGCGAGGAGAUCAAGUCUAGCCAGAAAUUUGCGAAAGUGUUGCAACUUGUCCUGCUGCUUGGCAAUUAUAUGAACACUGGUUCCAGAAAUGCACAGGCCAUUGGUUUCGACAUCAGCUUCUUGCCCAAGCUUUCAGGAACAAAAUCGCAUGACCAGAAGACAACCCUUCUCCACUUUCUGGCUGAGACGAUAGAGAAGAAGUUCCCCGACGUGUUGUCCUUUGGUGACGAGCUUAGCUAUGCAGAGAAAGCAGCACGGGUUUCUCCUGAUCAGUUGGAGAAAAACCUUGCACAGAUGAAGAAGUGCAUUGCCCAGCUGGGCACUGACCUCAAGACAUUCAAGUCCCAGGGUCCCAAUGAUCGGUUUGCCGAAGUCAUGAGUGGCUUUUAUGACCAAGCCUCACAAGAGCAUGAGCUGCUCUCGGGCAUGUUUGCGAAGAUGAAGAAGCUGUACGAGGCCUUGGCGGAGUUCUACGUCUUCGAGUCCAAAAAGUACACUCUAGACGAGUUCUUCACCGAUAUCAAGUCCUUCAAGGAACAGUUCUCGGCGGCGCACGCGGAGAACGUCCGGUUGCGAGAGCUGGAAGAGAAGCGGCAACGGGACAAAGAGGCGCGUGAGAAGGCUGAGAAGGAGAAACAAGAGCGGAUGGCCAAGAAGAAGCAGCUGGUUGACAUCAGCUCUGGUCAAGAUCAAGAAGGUGUCAUGGACAGCCUCCUAGAAGCAUUGAAAACGGGCUCGGCCUUUUCACAUAAGCAGAGACGACGACCAGCGAGGGGCGGAAAUGCAUCGAACAAGGCUCAGCUGACAAGGAGUCGCUCCCGAGGUGGAGCAGCCGUGUUUGGUGAUCCCAACUAUCUCGAAUGCCGGACGAUAACGCAGCAGAGCUGACAGCAACUGCUUUGCUCCUGACUUCUGGUGGCCAUCUUCGAGAGUUGUUUUUACCCGUGUUUUCUGUUUCACAUGACUUUAACACGACGUGAAUGCGCCGACGACAGAGGUUGCCCAGGAAGCUGCUACUACGCGUGCCUGGGAAGACGCACAGUGCGGUUGGCUCUACAGGAAUAACACGCUUUGCUUGGCUCUCUUCUUGUAUUGCUAGUUUUGUACCUAUUACUUUUUUUUUCUUCUCCGGUUUCGUUGAAGACAUCUCGUUUGUUGCUUCGCACCGAUGAAUUUGCAUUCGAAAUUUGAGAACAAAAAAGCAAAAGCAGGAACCCUGAAUGUACUCGCACACUUGAUUAUUUUUUUAUUAUUAUUAUUUUUAAAAAUUUUUUUGCAGUUUGCAAGUGUAUGUGUCAUAUGGGAAUAUGCCUUGUAUUAGAGCGCAGCAUCAUGAGUCUAAUCAUCUACAUUAUUUUUCAUGCAGUAUAGGUUCAGAGGAAUAUAGUGAAGUCUUAUCACAAUAGUUUAUAAGUUCACAUUCAUAGUUGGCAUUACUGAUUUUAUAUAGAGCUUGAAAAGGAUAGCUUACUUGCUUAUUAUAUGCAGUAGGCUAUUAUGCUUGAUACGCUGAAGGUGUGCUCUUGUGGUGAACAUUCCAAGAUGGCCAACAAAGAUUUAGCAGUGCCAGCUUACGCAGGCCGUGGGGAGGACAGCGUGAGGAUUUUGUCUUGUGUAUUAUAAGCUCAUGAAGCAAAAACACAAGUGAGUUUGUUAAUCGAUCUCUGGUUGUGUGCUAAAAUUUGCCAAAUAGAAAUGUAGUUGUGUCGACGUGCAGCACAAACACAUCGACAUUGACUUCUGAGUGUCUUGCGCCUAGUAUGUAGGCAGUUGCAGCACUGACUAUAGAGGCAUAUGUUAUGGUUAAAAAAAUAAAAGGGGAGGGGGAAAGGAUAAUGUCUGGAUUCAUUUUUAAAUGUUGCCAUUUCUCUGUCAUAAGAACUUUUUAGAUAGUUUUGCUAACCAGACUAAAUCUGUGGGAUAGCCACAUCGGCUGCCAGUGGCUACUGCUAUACAGCAUUGCUCCUUAACAUCUGCAUUACUGUAUGGCAAAUUUCCUGAUGAAUGCAGUAAAAUUAAGCAAAUUUCCCAACUGGCAUGGCAAGCUGUUUGUGAUAUCGCACAGUUAAGGUCGGAUCAGUGUUAAGAAUGCGAAGUGCUAAGCCUAGAAAGGAUUUGGCCAUCAUUACAGUUCUAUUGCAUUUUUGGGCUUUGUUAUUUAACUGCGACAUUUAACUGCAGCCGCACAGUCAAGAACUUCAAUUUCCAGGCACAAGCUACACUGCAGGCAGACAGUAACAAUUUUUUUUCUACUUUGAGGCUAUACAUAUUUGUACACUAAGUGACCUUCUCCUUUUUGUCAUUAUGCUUCCCGAGCCCUGCAAAGAGUGAAAAAAAAAAGACCUAAAAGUAAUGCAAAGAGGUUAGUCCUGGGGAAGCAGGUGCGUACCAUACAAGUUCGAGGCAUUGCUGAUAUAUGCUUCAUAAAGCUACUGCCCUUACAAGAUGCACUAGGGGUGAAUUUUAAUACCAAUGCAAGAUAUUUUUGUCCAUAAUGGCAAGGUGCGUGUCAUUGCCGCAGUGUUGUAUAAUGCCAGCUUUGGUUCACUUUAGUAUUGAGUAGUGGUAUGAAAGUGGCCUGUUUUCUCAGAAAGUUUAUAUUUUUACACUGGUGCCGUAGUUCAGAUUGGUCGUACUAAUGACUGAAAUGUAGUGGGGUGGGGGAUUGAAGUUGUCAUUUGCAGUUCACGCAGCCUUUUAUUCAUGUCAUUCCUGUGACAUAUUUGCCAAGCUUUUUGGCCAUAAUGUGAAGUCUGUGCAUAGUAGCUUUUCUUUAUGCUGCCAUGCCUUGUUAGUUGGCUAUUUUUCUCUAUAGCAUGGCUAUAUGGUAGUCUGAAAGACUUUUGUACACUUUUUUUUUUUCUAAAGAAAGUUACACCAUUUGAGGAGUAUCAUGCCCUCAAACGAUAAUCUUCGUCUGUCUUCCCUUCAUCUGUUUUCUUGAAAACUCUACACUCGCCACUUUUUUUUUUCAAGAAUACUGUCACGCUGAUAACGUGCAUGCAUGCUGUCCAUAACAUUGAAGCCCUUUACGUGUGGUCUUUGUAGAAGGAAAGCUAUGCAAGAUAAGCAACGAUUUUUUGUGGGCAACGUGAACCCAAAUGGUGCAAUUUUUUCUUUAGUGUAUAGAUUGUCUUGCUCCCUCUUGUUCUUACGCUGACCAAAACAUGGGUAUCGAAAUUGGCGGCAGUUUAAAAAGAUCAUUUUGCUCGCUUCUCAUGAACUUCAUCUGUGUCGUGUGGGUGUAAGUAACGUGCUGUAACGAAAGUGUAAAAUUGUUACAUGCUUGUACAUAGAAUAUUAUGUAAAUUUACGCUAUUUGCACGGUUGUGGUGCGAGUGCCUUACCCCGAUGCAGGAGCGACCACUCGUGACAAAGGUUCUCUUCUUGUAACAUAGAGAAAGUUGUGCAUAAUAAUGUUCAUACACGAUUUAGAGCAGUUUACACACUGCCGUGGGACCAUGCUUACAGGCAGGUCUUAUUGACAAGGCCUCGCCAAAUGCUGUGAUCCUGAAUGCAUGUGGUGUACAGAUGAAACAGUUUGUGUAAACGUGUAAAGAUGUAUGAAGAUUGCAAGUCUGCCCAGUCCACUUCAGAUUGCCUUUUUACUGGGCACGUCGUUACUUCCAGACUAAAAUGUGCACCAUGCUCAAGGGAAGUUUAGUUGUGAUAUACAAGACAUAUUUUUUAUAGGUGAGCACAAAUGCUACGGCCCUCGGAAAGAUGACGUGCCGUGCGUCAUAUUGUGUAUAUGACAGAUUGACUACACCCAAUCCAUGUUGCAGUAUGUUGUUGAGCAUAGCGGUGUCUAUUACGUCUAAGUUCUCUCCAUUUUCAUUUGUUAUCCUGCUAAAGCAUAGAGUACAAGGCACAAGCCGUGAGACUUCUCUGCUAGUUUAGGUACUUGAGCUUCACCUUACUUCUGCAAUGGCGGGUAAUGAGUUCGAUUUUGUUCAUUGCCCUCGUCUCGUCACACGCGCGCUUUAUUUUCAUUUGCUGUAACGUCUCACUGGAUGUCACAGCGUGCAUCCGCUCGCUGCAUUUCACGUGCAACUCCUAUCCCUGUGCUGGGUACCGUAAGGCACCCUUUCUUUUGUUUCACCUCUACUAGAACUUUAUAAGUGCAAACGAAAGCCUUGUUUUACUGAAGGGUGGCAUCAGAUGCUACAUUUUUCAGCAACGCACGUACUUCAUGGCGGGACAUUGCUCAAUGCUGGCAUAUGCUGUGUCCGUUUAUAGUAGAGAGCUUAGAUUCAUUAAAGUGCCAGUACCAUGCCGGUACAAAUAAAAUGAAUCUGUUGUUUUUA